AUGGCUGGAUCUCCCAAGAUCGUGAAACCGAUCCAAGGACCGCCGAGAUACAUUGUCGAACUUUACUUCAAGCAGCCCUUUGAAGCAGUGUCCACGUACCAUCAGUCCUUCUCCACACAACAGUCGCUAUGGGGUCAAGGGAAGAGAGAUCCAAGAGCGGAGAACUUGAACUACAAGGUCACGACGAGCCAGGACGCGUUCCUAGGAUCCACGACAGCAGCUGAUGCGUACAAGUGGCCAACGCCGAACAAGGACAAGAACGCGGGGAAGCCAACGCCAUGGGACGAGUCGCCGGAAAUAGAGAGGCUCAAGUACAUGCCUUUCGAGGAUCAGACAAGCUACAAGGCUGCCUACCAGGCAUCGAAGACGACCCCACGGACGUGA